AAACGCGUCUGACGUCACUAGCUGCGCGCCGGAAGUGAGGCAAAUCACACCGCGAAGAGACUGUCAGACCAGGGGAGCGACGGCCUCUGCACUGGAUUUUGAUACCAUGAGACCCACCCGCCGACUCCUUCUAGUCGGGGAAGGAAACUUCUCCUUCUCUGUCUCCUUGUGCAAUGCCAGCGAUCGUGAGACUCGUAUCACUGCCACUUGCUAUGAGAGCGAAGAGAGAGUUUCCAGACAGGCACUUGCUAAAACUAACAUACAGCAUCUGAGAGGGAAAGGGGUUGAAGUUUGUUUUUGUGUGGACUGUACCAAACUGAAGGACUAUUUUUUGCCAGCAAAGAGAAAUUUUGAUUGCAUUUAUUUCAAUUUCCCUCACUGUGGGAGGAAAGCUGGGGUGACAAAGAAUAGAGAGCUUCUUACAAAAUUUUUCUGUAGCUGCACAGAUGUGCUCGCAGAGAAGGGAGAGGUCCAUGUGGCUCUUUGCAAAGGGCAGGGAGGGACGCCUGCUGAUCAGCCAAUGAGAGAGUGGCACAACAGCUGGCAAGUCGUGGCUAUGGCAGCGGGAGCAGGAUUUAUCUUGAGUGAUGUUCAUCCCUUCAAUUUAGAGGAUGUUCAUGGAUAUAAGUGCACUGGCUACAGGAGUCAGGAUAAAUCCUUCUCUGUAGAAGGUGCAUUAAACCACAUCUUCACUCGGGGCUUGCCAUUUCCACAUCCCAGGCCUGUGAUGUGCCAAACUGAACUGGAGGGCAAGAGGGUUUCCUUCCAGGUUCCAGAAAUAUUUGUGGAUAAAAUUAACAGGGGUUUCCUAGAUACCAAUUCAGAUCAUCCUGUAAGAACUAUAAAUGAAAAGCUCAUCGCUCAACUCAGCCAAACCUUCCUAUUACAAAGGGUUGACGGCUCCCUUUCUCUCCUGCACCACGGCCACCUAAGCACUGUUUCUCAGUCAAAUGCCUUUUCGAUCAUUCCCAACACAGAGCAAAAUCCAAGCUCUGAACCUGUAGGUAAGGGAACAGCAAGAGGAGUCUUAUUUCCUGGCCUUCAUUUCUGCAGGGACAUAGACCAAGAUGACAGAAUGAAGGCUCAGGAAGGAGACCAGCUCUCAGAACAUUAUCAUCUUAGAUCUUCCCUUCUGGUUUAUGUUCAGGAUGUGAUACCAAGGCUGAGCUUUCUCCCUGGGACUCUGCAUGUUCUCAGUGGGCCUGUCUUUAGGAAGAGUCUGAUCUCUCCUCACACUCUGCCUGUUUUUCAUGAGACUCUUUUUGUGUGUGCAGUUGAUAAGGGUACAGAGGGCAGCUGUAUCCAGAUGCUUAUGGAUAAUAUUAAAAAUACUAUAAGUUCUCUGCUCCCAUCUCUUUUGUGUUUUACAUUAAACUCCACAGUAGAGGAAGCAAAAAGCUCUGAAACAAUUGAGCUAAAUGAUUCAGUCAUGCCUGACCUUCAGCUUGAUAAAACUCAAUAUUUCAUCUGUGUGAAAACUGAGACUUCAGACUCCAAAGCCAAUGGCUCUUGCGUAGGAGCCAUAUCAGCAGCUCCCUGUGGGCCAAUAAACAGUGAACUGGGCAUUGUGUUUGCAUCAGUAAAUCUUGACCUGCUAACCAUGCAAAUUUGUGGAAUUUCUGACUGGCGAAUGCUGUGGACCUCAGAUGAGCGUUUCCUAAAUCAGUUUAUUGGAGGAGAGUUAGGACCUUUCAAGAGCUUUUCCCUCCAUCCACCUUCCUAUGUGCAUGAUGUCAGCUUCUGGGUUUCUGAGUGGGAACAGUUUGAUGAAGUUGCAUUUCACACCAUUGCCAGGUGUAUGUCACAGGAAACUGUCGUGUCCAUCCAGCUCCUUGACAGCUUUCAGCAUCCACAAACUGGACAAACCAGCCUCUGCUACAGACUAACCUUCCAGUCCUGUGACAAGGCUCUUACUCAUCAGCAGGUGGCAGAGAUGCAGAUGCAGUUUAGAAAGGAGAUACAGCAAUGUUUGCACAUAACUCUUAGGUAGAUCAUUGUAUGCUAUUUUCAGACCUUCAUCAACAGCACCCUUAAUUCACUUUGCUGUGGGAAUCUCGGACUUCAUAUUGUGUGGUCUAACACUCUGUGUUACUAUUAUGUCUAGCCAAAUUCUGCCUCUUAUAAAGGCUGUGCAGAUUAACUUAAAAUGUGUUAUACCUGCCUUUAAUUCUGCUCUCAAAGAAUAAAGUCCAGCUGCCUUCCCCUUG